AUGGACGUGAGGUUCAAGCACUUGUUGGGAUUUGCUGCUAAUCAUUCUGCAAAUGCAUUCAAGAUUUUGGGCAAUUCUAUGCAAGCUGAAGGAAGGGGAGCUGAUCAUCAUGGUACAGAUACCAUCUUACGACUUGAUUCCCCUGGUUCUUCAAUUCCAACCCGUUUACCCUCUUCCAAGGGAAUAAAAAGGAAGUGGGAUUUAAUUGAUGGAUAUAUGGGUCAAAGACUUGACUCAUCUUUGUCGCUUGGGCUCGGGCGUUCAACAAGUUCUUCUGACAGCAAGGGGAGUUCAGCUGCUGCUUGCACUGCUAUGUCUUCAGCCAAAGAUAUUGAAGAAGAAUCAUCUAUGGAUAUUGAACUGGACUUUUCUCUCCAUCUUGGCUGUGAGAAGGUACAAAGCCCGAAGAAACCUGUUAAUUCGAGUUUGAAGACAUUGGAGCUGCAACCAAAAUUUGAUUUGGAAUUAAGCCUUUCUACUGGGCUCUGUGAGUCAGAUAUUACAAGCGUGCAUCUAAAUCCUUCACCUCUUCAAUUGAAUAUGGAGAUGCCAUUAGGAUUCAGUGGGACACAAAAUACAGAUGAGGGAUCAACUUCAUGUAGUUGGAAGUCAGGGAUUGUUUUGCCAUCUUCAAAGACGUCAUCAAAUACAGGCACUAGUUUUCUUUUAAAUCAGGCUUCAAAGCAGUUUGAUCAUAAUCCCAUUGUUCUGGAUCUCUCGUCAACCAGACCUAAAAGUUCUGUCACCUGCACGUCCGGGCUUACGCAGCAGCAACAGCCGCUACGCCCCAAUAAUCCUAAAACAUGUCAAGUGGAAGGAUGUGGAAAGGGUGCCAGAGGUGCUUCUGGGAGAUGUAUAUCUCACGGUGGGGGUAGGAGGUGUCAGAAACCUGGCUGCCACAAAGGAGCGGAGGGUCGCACAGUUUACUGCAAGGCACAUGGAGGUGGCAGGCGAUGUGAAUUCCUUGGUUGCACAAAGAGUGCAGAAGGACGUACAGAUUUCUGUAUAGCCCAUGGUGGUGGCCGGAGAUGCAGUCACGAAGGCUGUACCCGGGCUGCCAGAGGGAAAUCUGGAUUAUGCAUCCGACAUGGUGGUGGCAAGCGGUGCCAGAGAGAAAAUUGCACCAAGAGCGCAGAAGGUCUAUCAGGUCUUUGCAUCUCACAUGGCGGAGGGCGUCGAUGUCAAGCUCCUGGAUGUACGAAAGGGGCACAGGGGAGCACAAUGUUUUGCAAAGCACAUGGUGGGGGAAAACGAUGUACAGCACCAGGGUGCACCAAAGGCGCUGAGGGGAGUACCCCGUAUUGCAAGGGCCAUGGAGGGGGGAAACGUUGUACGUAUCAGGGUGGUGGAUUGUGUACUAAAAGUGUGCAUGGAGGUACCAACUUCUGUGUGGCUCAUGGGGGUGGAAAGAGGUGUGCUGUACCAGGAUGCACAAAAAGUGCUAGAGGAAGGACUGAUCAUUGUGUCCGCCAUGGUGGAGGCAAGAGAUGCAAGUUUGAAGGGUGUGGAAAGAGUGCACAAGGAAGCACUGACUAUUGCAAAGCACAUGGGGGAGGCAAGAGGUGCUCUUGGGGCCAUCCUGGUUCAGAAUAUGGCAUUCAACAGGAUGGUCCGUGCAAUUCAUUUGCAAGGGGGAAAACAGGUAUGUGUGCACUUCAUAGUGGACUAGUGCAUGAUAAGAGGGUUCACGGAGGAAUUUCCCUGGGAUCUGUUGUUCAGAAUCCCCGUUCGAAUAAAACAGAUGAACUAAAGCAGGUAAUCGUUGACAAAAACAUGGAUAUAGAUUUGAUGAAAAUAGGGAGUAGCCUAGGUCAUGCUGCAACCUGCUCUGACUUCAAACAGUACGAAGCUGUAGCUGCUCAUGUCUCAGCCAAGGAAGGUGGUCACUUGCCAAUGUCAGUUGCUGUUCCUGAAGGCCGGGUGCAUGGUGGAAGUCUGAUGGCAAUGCUGACUGGGAGUUCUAGCCGUGGCUCAAGCAGCGGGAUAAGUCUAGUUAGCGAUCCAUCUGAAUCAAUCAAAGGUUACCCCAUGUCCCAGAAUUGGAUUUAA